AUGCCCAACCUGCCACUGGAUGUGCUCGGAACAGGAGGAGGUGUGGGCGGGGUAGGAGGUGCUGCUGGUGCUGAUGGUCCUGGUGGUGAUGGGGUUGGGGAAGAGAGAGGUGUGGAAGGAGGAACGACAGCAGCAGCGGCAGCGGCAGCAGCAGCAGCAGCAGCAGCAGCAAACACAGCAGCGGCAGCGACAGGAGCAGCAGGGCAGGGGUUGGGUGCGCCGCCUGUGCCGUCCUUCUCUCCCAGAAGCCCCUGGGGGAGCGACAAUCAAUUCUGGGACUUCAGCAGCGAGAGCAGCGAUCUCGCAGGCCCAGCCUUCCUCCCUUCCCCCAACUUCCUCCCCCCACCGCCCUUCACCCCAUCGUCUAUCCCCGUCCCGUUCACUCCCUCAUACCCCGUCCCUUUCACCCCGUCCUACCCUGUUCCGUAUAGCCCCGGUGCAGCUGCUGCAGCUGAAGAGGGCAGGCAGGGAGGCUCCAGCAAUUUCUCAGUUCCUUCCACAGAGGAUCUGACUCAACCAAAUGCUCCGCUACUCGACCGCCCAGGCACCGUAGUGGAUCCCUCUCCACCGCAUCACCACGAGCAAAAACAGGCGAGACGGGACGACGUUGCGCGACGGUGUCGCCGCGGCACCUGCCGGCCGGUUCACGCGGCGGUGGGCGGGCGGGAGAAGCGCGGGGCCGCCGCCAUUCUACACGUGCGGCCACAGGGAGCUAUGGCGGCGGGAGGAGGGGCGCCGGUCGCCUUUGGCGUAUAUGCGCGCUGGCGCGGGGAACGAGCACCUGGUCUCGCGUCUGGAGCUGGCGUCGCGGCUGGAGGGGCAUCACGGGUGCGUGAACACGGUGAGCUUCACGCCGUGCGGCGACCUGCUGCUGUCGGGGUCGGACGACUGGAGCAUCGUGCGUGGGACUGGCCGCGCGCGCACCAACGCCUGCGCUGGCGGUCGGGGCACGAGAACAACGUGUUCCAGGCGCGCGCGCUGCCGCACACGGGGAACAAGACCGUUGUCUCCUGCGCUGCUGAUGGCCAGGUGCGCUGCAGCAUCCUGCGAGAGGGCGGCAGUGUGGACACAAAGCGUCUGGCGCGGCACAGGGGGCGCGCGCACAAGCUAGCUGUGGAUCCCACCACGCCGCACUGCUUCCUCUCCUGCGGGGAGGAUGGGGUCGUGAGACAC